GGGCUGUGUGAAUAGAGGUGGGGUAUAGAUGACGGUCAGCGCGUCCUGUGUGACUCGCUCUCAGGAUUAAAGAGUACAAUCAGUCUGUGAUUUAUUUACUAUUUAUUUAUUACUUUUAUUUAUUGAUUGGUUUUAUUUGCCCGGAGAUUAAUCCGGGUUAAUAUGAGCUCCAGGCCGCUGCGCUUCUGUCCUUGGCUGUCUGGCUGAGUUGUAGCCGGGCUGGGUUAGCCGGGGAGACGGGCGGGGAGCUGCGGGACGCGGGGAUGGAUUUCGCGCUGAGCGGGGUGGCCGCCUGCGGGGCGUGCGUGUUCACUAACCCGCUGGAGGUGGUGAAGACCCGGAUGCAGCUGCAGGGAGAGCUCCAGAGCCGCGGCUCUUACCGGGUCCAUUACAGGAACGUAUUCCACGCCUUCUACACUAUCGGGCGCGUGGAGGGGCUGCGCGGGCUGCAGCGGGGGCUCAUGGCCGGGAUGCUGUACCAGUUCUUCAUGAACGGAGUUCGGCUCGGUUCCUACGCGCUGAUCGAGUCCGCCGGGUACAUCCACACGGGGGGGCGCGUCAGCGCCGCCAAGAGCACCGCCGCCGGGGCCGCCAGCGGGGUGGUGGGGGCGGUGAUGGGCAGCCCCAUUUACCUGGUAAAAACUCACCUGCAGAGCCAAUCAACAUCCACCAUCGCAGUGGGUCAUCAGUAUCAGCACCGGGGAAUGCUGCAUGCGCUGGUGGCGAUUCACCGACAGCAUGGCAUUGUGGGAUUGUGGCGCGGCUCCACUGCGGCGGUGCCGAGGGUCAGCGUCGGGUCAGCGGCUCAACUCUGUACAUUCAGUUCCUGCAGAGAGUUCAUCACUGACCUUCAGGUGUUGCCGGAGGACAGUUGGUUGGUGGCUCUGGGUUCGGGGAUGGUCAGUAGUGUUGCUGUGGUUUUGGCGAUGACUCCGUUUGAUGUGGUCAGCACUCGACUCUACAACCAGCCAGUCGACCAAUGGGGCAAGGGACGGCUGUAUCAGGGGUUUGUGGACUGUCUCUCGAGGACGUUGGGGACGGAGGGACUGAGGGGACUCUAUAAAGGACUCGGAGCUUCUUACUUCAGACUCGGCCCUCACACCGUCCUCUCACUGCUGUUCUGGGAUCAGCUCCGCUACGUCUACCGCACACACAACUACUGACCG